GGAGGCUCGACCGACCCGGAGAAGCCCCGAAGUGGCCAACCCUGCUUGCCGCCCUGCCAUGGCCUUGCUCCGAGGUGUGUUCAUUGUCGCUGCAAAGCGGACGCCCUUUGGAGCUUAUGGGGGUCUCCUGAAGGAUUUCACUGCCACCGACUUGACUGAAUUUGCUGCCAAAGCUGCCUUGUCUGCUGGCAAAGUCUCCCCGGAAUGCAUUGACAGCGUCAUCGUUGGCAAUGUCAUGCAGAGCUCUUCUGAUGCUGCCUACCUGGCCAGGCACGUUGGGCUGCGUGUGGGAGUCCCCAAGGAGAGACCAGCUCUCACAGUUAACAGACUCUGUGGUUCCGGUUUCCAGUCCAUUGUGAAUGGGUGUCAGGAAAUUUGUGCUAAAGAUUCAGAAGUUGUCUUGUGUGGAGGAACUGAAAACAUGAGCCAAGCUCCUUACUGUGUCAGAAAUGUGCGGUUUGGAACCAAGUUUGGAGCAGAUCUCAAGAUGGAGGACAGCUUGUGGGCGGGACUGACUGAUCAGCAUGUCAAGCUGCCCAUGGGGAUCACUGCAGAGAACCUCGCUGAGCAGCACAAGAUCAGCCGGGAGGACUGUGACAAAUACGCCCUGCAGUCCCAGCAGCGCUGGAAGGCAGCUUAUGAUGCUGGCUACUUUAACGAGGAGAUGGCUCCCAUCGAGGUAAAGACGAGGAAAGGAAAACAGACCAUGCAAAUGGAUGAGCACGCGCGACCCCAGACGACGCUGGAGCAGCUAAACAAACUCGCUCCAGUUUUCAAGAAGGAAGGGACGGUCACUGCGGGCAAUGCUUCGGGGGUGUCAGAUGGUGCUGGAGCUGUCAUCAUAGCCAGUGAAGAUGCAAUCAAGAAGCACAACUUCACUCCGCUGGCUCGGGUGGUGAGCUACUUUGCAUCUGGCUGUGACCCCUCCAUCAUGGGUAUCGGUCCCGUUCCUGCUAUCUCGGGGGCCUUGAAGAAAGCAGGGCUGAGUCUCAAGGACAUGGAUCUGGUGGAGGUCAAUGAAGCUUUUGCUUCCCAGUACUUGGCGGUUCAGAAGAGUCUGGACCUUGAUCCAAGUAAAACCAAUGUGAAUGGAGGUGCCAUCGCCUUGGGCCACCCAUUGGGAGGAUCCGGAUCCAGAAUCAUGGCACACCUGGUCCAUGAGUUAAGGCGCCGAGGUGGGAAGUACGCGGUGGGCUCUGCCUGCAUCGGAGGCGGCCAGGGCAUUGCUGUCAUCAUCGAGCGCACAGCCUGAGUGAGGAGCGUGAGCAGCUGCCUCUCACUGAGCUGGGCCAGGCCGCAGGAAACUGGGACCUUCAGGACAGGUCGGCCUGGUCAGCCUCCUACCCCAUGUGACAAGACAUCUCGCUUGC